CGACACGCUGUCUGACAUGUUCGACUUCGCACGCAGGAUUUCAAGCAGGUCGUCCGCGAAUGCGUCAAGGGCCUGCAAGAUCGCUUCAGGGAUGGAUUGGAGGAGAAGUGCAAGACGGGUGCGGAGAAUGUGCGUAGACCUUCUGGGAUAGCCGUGACCUUGACUCAUGCCACCACAGGCGUCCUCUGCCGCGCUGGAAACUUCGGACGCCUUUGCGGCCUCCAUGCACUGGGGCACUUACCGAGCCAGUAAGCCCGACAAAAGACUUUCUGACACCUUGGAUCCGCUGACAGCGCUCUGUUCCAGCUUUGCGGCGCCACGGGUCCUGGCGGCAGGACCUGAACGUCGAGCUCACGAACCCGUUCACGCGGCAGAUCGCCAGCUCGUGGCAGAAGGUGUUCGAGGCGGACCUCUUCUCCGCGUUCGAGAAGUCGACCCUGUUCGUGAUCGACAACCUCCUGAAGGACGUCGAGGAGUCCGCGGCGCCGGGGCUGAAGGAGCGCGCGCGCGGCCAGGGCGAGCUGUGCCUGCAGGAGGCGAAGAUCGCGCUGAAGAAGACGAUGGACGUCGUGCGCGACACGAUGUCCUCGCAGCAGAAGGAGACGAGCCGCAGCCUCGCGCCGCACGUGCAGGAGCAGCUGUUCGACGGCUACGACGCCGCCAUGGAGGAGCGAGGGCUCGGCAGCGUCGCCCGCCAGAAGGCUGUGUUCCACAACUACGUGAGCGACAUCAAGGACGAGAUGUUCGAGGGCGCGGUGGAUGUGCUGUUCGGGCGCUUGGACACCGCGGCGGAGGCAGUUGGCAAGGCGCUCGAGGAGGCGUUUGAGGCGCUCGCGCAGAAGAUCGAAGUCAGCAUUGCGGUGCUAUGGGAGGGCGUCCGCGACGACCCGGCGCAGGUGAAGGCGCGCGAGGCGGUGAUCGCGAGCAUGACAGAGAUCAUCGCGCAGGUGAACCUCUGGCAGCAGGCCGACGCCGUGCGCCGGCAGCCUGCGGAUGCUAUGAACAUGGAGGGUGAGG